GCACGUGAUGAUCAGGCGCCCACCUUCCCCGCUCUCACCUGCUCCUCUAAAUAUCAAACUCUCACCAUGGCAAGCAAAGGGAAGAGGGAGAUCCUAGAGAGAGAAAGUCUGCCACUUUCAUCGAUCUUAGAAAGAGAAGGGGGUGGUCUGGAGAUGGGGAUGAGGGUAGCUGAAGUGGGAGUGGGGGAGCUGGUGAAGGCGGGAUUAUCCAUGGAAGAAGCUCAAGAAUUUGAGAGAAUUUUGAAGGCAGCAGUGGGCGGAGCCAGAGGGUCGGACCCAAGUGAGGUGUGGCGCGAGGUGGUGGCUCGGAGGGUGCUGAGCCCAUCGCACCCACAUGGGUUGCACCGGCUGGUCUUCCACUCGGUCUAUGCUGAAUGGGAUGAGUCCAUCAGAGGCCCUCCUCUCUACUGGUUCCCUUCUCUAUAUGAGUCUAUGCAUACGAACUUGGGUAGAUUGAUGGAAACCUAUGGUCCACGGCUACUAGGGUUAUCAUACAAGGAUCCUAUAACAAGUUACAGCCUCUUUCAGAAGUUCUCUGUUCAAAAUCUUGAGGUCUACUGGUCGAUGGUUCUAAAAGAGCUUUCAGUUUUGUUCCAUAGAGCCCCAAGGUGCAUCCUAGAUACAACUGACAAAUCAAAGCAUGGGGGAACAUGGCUUCCUGGUGCGGUUUUGAAUAUUGCUGAAUGUUGUUUGCUACCUGUAAGUUACCCGAGAAAGCAUGAUAACAGUUUGGCUGUUGUAUGGAGAGAUGAAGGCAAUGAUGAUUCUCCUGUUAAUCGGUUGACAUUAAAAGAACUCCGAGAACAAGUAAUGAUGGUGGCAAAUGUGUUGGAUGCUACUUUCUCAAAGGGCGAUGCAAUUGCGAUUGACAUGCCGAUGACAGUCCAUGCAGUUAUCAUAUACUUGGCAAUUGUUCUAGCAGGAUUUGUUGUUGUAUCAAUAGCCGACAGCUUUGCAGCCAAGGAAAUUGCAACUCGUUUGCACGUUUCAAAAGCAAAGGGUAUCUUCACUCAGGACUUCAUUGUAAGAGGGGGUCGAAAAUUUCCUUUGUACAGUCGAGUUGUAGAAGCUGCUCCACAUAAAGUGAUUGUGCUCCCUGCAAUUGGAACAGAUGUAGAUGUUCAAUUAAGAGAACAAGAUUUAUCAUGGAAAGAUUUCCUUUCCCAUGCUGAUCAUCUUCCAAGACCGAAUAACUACUCACCUGUCUAUCAACCAAUAGAUGCUGUGACUAAUAUCCUCUUUUCAUCUGGAACCACAGGAGAUCCUAAAGCUAUUCCAUGGACUCAAGUUUCUCCAAUUAGAUCUUCUGCUGAUGCAUGGGCACAGAUCAAUAUUCAAGUUGGAGAUGUCUUCUGCUGGCCAACAAAUCUAGGAUGGGUGAUGGGACCUACUAUACUUUAUGCAUCAUUUCUAACUGGUGCAGCUCUAGCUCUCUAUCAUGGAUCUCCUCUUGACCGUGGCUUUGGAAAGUUUGUUCAGGAUGCGGGAGUAACUGUCUUGGGUACAGUUCCAAGCCUAGUGAAGACUUGGAAAAAUACAGGAUGCAUGGAAGGCUUAGAUUGGACAAAGAUAAAGUCGUUUGCUUCCACUGGAGAAACAUCCAAUGUUGAUGACGACCUUUGGCUUUCUUCAAGGGCUUAUUACAAACCCAUUAUUGAAUGUUGUGGAGGCACAGAGCUUGCUUCAAGCUACAUCCAAGGAAGCGUGUUGCAACCUCAAGCUUUUGGAACUUUUAGCACUGCUGCAAUGACAACAGGCUUUGUCAUUCUUGAUGAAAAUGGUGUUCCCUAUCCAGACGAUCAACCUUGUGUUGGUGAAGUGGGUUUGUUCCCUCUAAUCAUGGGAGCAACUGAUUGGUUACUAAAUGCUGACCAUGAGGAGGUCUACUUCAAGGGAAUGCCAAUGUACAAAGGAAUGCACCUCAGGAGACAUGGGGACAUCAUUAAGAGGACUGUAGGAGGCUAUUUUGUUGUACAAGGCAGAGCUGAUGACACCAUGAAUCUUGGGGGCAUCAAGACAAGUUCAGUUGAAAUUGAACGUGUGUGUGACAAGGCUGAUGAAAGUGUUUUGGAAAGUGCUGCAAUUAGUACUGCACCACUAAAUGGUGGUCCAGAACUGUUGGUUGUAUUUGUGGUACUGAAGAAAGGAUAUGAUUGUGAACCCAAUGAACUGAAGAUGAAAUUCUCAAAAGCCAUACAGCGGAACCUUAACCCUUUGUUUAAGGUGAACUUUGUUAAGAUUGUCCCCGAGUUUCCUCGAACUGCUUCUAACAAGAUACUGAGGCGAGUUUUGAGGGACCAAAUUAAGCAUGAGCUUUCAGUUCGGAGUAGAAUUUAAAGCAACAUCAUCAAUUGUUUGUGGGUGUGAUAUGAACUUUUGAGAGAUGUAUGAUUAGAUUAUCCUAAAGGUCAGUGUGUCAAUGUUACUAAUAAGACAUGUAUUUUUUAUAAUUAUAAUAAUGAUCUAUCAUCAUCAUUAUAUUAUCAAUGAAGUGAAGGCAGGAUGUAGCUUGCCUUUUCUGUUUGGUUGGUAA